CCUGAUGAGCUGUUGAGGCAUAAAGAUAGCAGAGGAGCUAUUACUGAAUCCGCCAAACACAUCUCUGAGCCUCUGGCAAUAAUAAGCACACACACAUUUAAACUUAUUUACAACUCUAUAUCAAUAAGGAAAGCCAUGGAAACCCCGAUGACACCAACCCCUGCAGCAGACAGACCAGAGAAAACGAGUAGGAUUAAAAAAUAUAAAGUAGAAGAAAGAAGACUCGUCCGACCGCUGUGCUGCUGUAACCUACUGAGGAACAGAGAAUAUUGAUCAGCUGCUUUCCUACUGCUUUCCGCCUCAUUAUCCAAUAACACGGACACAGCUGUCUUUGGUCAAGCUGUUCACAAAGAUUCAUCACAACAUGCUCUGUAGCUCGUCUUAUGCAUGCAGGGACGAAGUCAUCUAUGAAGUUUAUCUGAAUGCUUUGCAUCCCAGAAAAAGCUUGGUUUCCAUUUGAAGUUUGUAGUUUUAUGGCCUGCUCCUCUACAACAUGAACAAGAUGAAGAACUUUAAGAGGCGUUUCUCUUUGUCCGUCCCUCGCACCGAGACCAUUGAGGAGAACGAGUUCACGGAGCAGAUCAACCAGCUGAACAUAAGGCACACUCAGGGGUUGACUCCAGACAGGCUUGGUCCUCCGUCCCAUGAUGCCAGCCCAGUUAGCCCAGAAGCAACAACACCAGGAGCUCAGUCUCCAUCUCACCUCCUCUACAGCAAGGCCCAGCACAGACGUUUCUCCAUGGAGGACGUGAGCAAGCGCAUGUCUCUGCCCAUGGACAUCCGUCUGCCUCCUGAGUUUCUGAAGAAGCUGCAGCUGGAAAGCGAAAACUCGCCCAUCUGCAAACCUCUGAGCCGCAUGUCUCGGCGCGCUUCACUGUCUGACAUAGGUUUUGGGAAACUGGAGACGUACGUGAAGCUCGGCAAACUUGGUGAGGGGACGUAUGCCACAGUGUUCAAAGGGCGAAGUAAACUAACGGAGAACCUGGUGGCGCUGAAGGAGAUUCGGCUGGAGCACGAGGAAGGAGCGCCUUGCACGGCCAUUAGAGAGGUUUCUCUGUUAAAGAACCUCAAACACGCCAACAUUGUUACCCUGCACGACAUCAUCCACACGGACCGAUGCCUCACUCUGGUCUUUGAGUAUCUGGACAGUGACCUCAAACAUUACUUGGAUAACUGUGGAAAUCUCAUGAGCAUGCAUAACGUCAAGAUCUUCAUGUUCCAGCUGCUACGUGGUUUGUCCUACUGCCACAAAAGAAAGAUCCUCCAUAGAGACCUGAAGCCUCAGAACCUGCUCAUCAACGACAAGGGCGAGCUCAAACUCGCUGAUUUUGGUCUGGCCAGGGCCAAGUCCGUCCCCACCAAAACCUACUCCAACGAGGUGGUGACUCUUUGGUAUCGACCUCCCGAUGUGCUGCUGGGCUCCACAGAAUACUCCACACCCAUCGACAUGUGGGGUGGUGGCUGUAUCUUGUAUGAGAUGGCAACAGGUCGUCCGAUGUUUCCCGGUGCCACCGUGAAGGAGGAGCUACAUCUAAUUUUUAGGCUCAUGGGCACUCCAACAGAGGAAACUUGGCCUGGUGUCAGCAGUAAUGAGGAGUUUAGGUCCUACCUCUUUCCUCAAUACAAACCUCAAGCUCUCAUCAACCACGUUCCCCGGUUGGACACCGAGGGGAUUGAUCUCCAAACUGCUUUGCUGCUGUACGACACUCGCAGCAGAAUCUCCUCUGAAGCAGCUCUACGACACCCGUACUUCCAGAGUCUGGGGGAUAACAUACAUAAUUUGGCAGACACUGCUUCAGUGUUUUCUCUCAGGGAGGUGCAGCUCCAGAAGGACCCAGGCCAUCGCAGCUCAGUGUUCCAGCCUUUAGGUCGAGGAAAGAAUCGAAGACAAAGCAUCUUCUAGAGUUCAUGGACAAGAAGAAGAGGAGCUCAUUCCUCAGCUCUAAGGCCAACACAGCUCAUCCCACAUACAGGAACAUAAACACACUAGGUCUGCUAAAACUGACCAUAAAGGCUUAUUAUCUUUCUAAAAACAAACAUAAAAGGUCUAAAAUACACUAUAUUUGCAUUCACUUACAUUUUACACUCAUUUGCACCAUCAGUGAUGCUGCACAUGCUGCCACUGCAUAUUUGCUAGUGAUUCCUUUUCCUGUCAAAAAGCAUCUCCAUCCCUAAAGAACCUGUACCCAAAUAAACUUAGAAUUUAUAAUAUAAUGAACUGCAAUUUAAUUAAAUUAACAACAGAGUUCUGGCUCUCUAAGGAAGCUGCUAUCACAUCCUGAACCAUCAGUUUUGUGAAGUUUGGCUUGAUUACUGGAAGGACUAAACAAGGAGUAGCCGUUUCUCAAGUCUGUUUUGCAAAUUAUGGUUCAGAAGAAUUCAAACUAGAAACCAGCGCUUUGUGUAUUUUCACAAAGCGCCGUUUCAUCUUGUCUGUGCUAACAAUGAGUUCAGAAACAGAAAAAUAAACCAAGAUGUUAUCUCAAAAGCAAAGCUUUAUUUUCAUCUUACAUGUUAGCCAACGCCAUGUUGAGCUAAUUAUAUUUAGCUGAUGAUGGCUAGCUACCCACAUGUGCUAGCUGCCUAACAGAGAUUACCUUUGCUAGCCGACACAAACAGAACUUCUGAGAUAAAAUCCUCUAAAUCCUGAAGACAUUUAUAUUCAUGUUUAUAAAUAAAGGUUAAGACUGGAAAUGUCUGGAUAUUUCAGAGAAAGCUGUGUGGAUAGGGAACACAGUAGACUUUAAUUAAAACGGCUAACAUCAUGCUUCCAUUAAAACAGAGGCCUGUUAACACUUUAACAAAUAUUUUUCAUAUUGGUGGACAGGCACAAAUAUUUUACAUUGCAAUACCUUCUAAAUGAAAAACUUUUUUCAGUUAAAAAAAAAGUGGUUUUCUGAACUAACAAGAUGAUUAUUUCCACCGUAAUGAGUUGAGGCUCUGCAGUACCAAAGCUGCUGCUUGUUCUCAUUUUUAAAAAUCUUAACUCAUAGGAGUACGAAUUAGUGAUGGAAAUAAUGUUUUAUACUGUGCAAAAAUGCUAACCUGCCCUGCAAAACACAGAAAAAAGCCUUUUAUUUAAAAAUCAGAUCAAAUUAAUUCAGACAAAUGGAAGAGAAAAUGUUUUAAUUGGCACUAGGCAACUAUUAAAAUUUUAGUCACUGAGCAGCGGACUGAAAAGCUGCAUUAACUUGUGAUAAAAUAAUUAUCUGCUUUAAUUAACACAAUAAUAACACGGUAACAUGUCCGGGCUCUGUUUUUAACGUAAAAUUGUCUUGUUAAACAAGAUUUUUUUUUUUUUUUUUAAAGUGAAUGUAAUGUGCUUGCAUAUUAAGCUUUGCAAAACACAGGAAAAUAUUUUGGAGUAAACCUUCGAAGCUUUAAAAAGCAUCUUGUAGAGGAGGCUGAAAACCUUUAUGAAUAAUGAUUCACUUAACUAAAAUGACACAGUGCUUUUCUUUCUUUGGAUGUGUCAUUUUUUUCUGACUUUACACACUGAUAUUUAACCGAAAUCAAAAAAAAAGAAUUUAUGGAUUUCUCACAAAGAAGAGCAGAGCGAAGGAUUUCAUUGAGUUUCGCUUGCUCUUUAAAAAGAUGCCUGUGUUACAACACAUUAUGAUUUAGAAUCUUUAGAAGAUGACGUAAAUAAAAUUUAAUACUAUUUAUCCAGUGUUUCAUGUGCCAUAUGUGGUAGCUAUGAGUGUGCCGUGCCUCUGGACAGUCCUGAAUCUGAAUAUCCCAGAGCGCUGACAUUACAAUGGUAGCAUCACACUGUUCAUUCCCAGUAACCACUGACAGAAAACCAACAUGAAAGCUGACUCCACAUCUAAUCUAAAGCUGUAGUAAAUGAGCUCUGUGGACAGAUGGCCUUGCUACUGAACCCCCUGAUGCAAGUCAGAAUGGGUUUAUUUAUUUUUUUCAUCCAGUGUUAACAGCUGACUUUAAAUCCAGUAAUUUGAAGUUGCCUUAGUAAACUGUGCAUGAUAUUUUGGCUUGUGAAGAAUCUAUAUUUGAUCUAGUGUGGCCAAUGUGUUAGGGGGCUUUUGCUUAGUUUUUUCUGUAUAUAACUAAAUGUUUAUGUAUUUCUUAGUCUCCUAUUUGCACAAACCAAAAGUGUCCUCUGAAGCCUGCUCCCGUCCCUUUGUGUCUUUCCUCAUACUGUUCCCAGCUAAGGCCAAGUGUCUUACUGAAAGCCUUUAUCCCUACACCUGUAAACUGGGAGAGAGUAAUAAAGUUAGUUUUUUAGCUGUAAUUUGUGUUACCCCAUACAUAUUUCGCAGCCUAACAGGGAGAAGCUUUUGUCUGUAGGUCCAUAAAAGUCAGAGAGAAAAAAAAAACAUUCUCCUUUUCUUUAAUUUGACCUGACAUUAAUCUUCCUCAUCCAGAAAAGGAUGGCUGAGGCAUCCAGUGAAGCAGGAAAAUGUGCUGAGACCUUAUCAGGCCCUCCAGGAUUUUGAAAGGUUUUAAAAAAUAUUGCACUCUAUUUUAAUGUUUUUCUUUCUUGCAAAAUCAUCUGACAUUUAUUUAAGAUAUUAUUUAUUAUAUUUAUGAUAGUGUCAUUAAUUAAAUAAAUUGUAAAUUCUGAUAUGACAUUAUUGUUUGAAAAAUGUGCACACUGGUAGAUUAUCUCACCGUUCAGCAGAGUGACGCUGCAGCUAACUGUUCAAACAGCAAGCAGAAAAAUAAAAAUAAGUGUAGUUAUUCUCAUUCUGUCAGUGUUUGCAGCAGAUCUGCGUGUUGUAGACUACUGGCGGUGAUCUGCUGUAGAAAAAUGUCAAGUCAUGACUUCUGUUUGUCUUCCACUGCACGUGUUACAAAAUGGUUUAUCUUCACUGUAAUGUGGAACUCUGGGAAAGCGUCGUACAUGGCAGUGGCGGAGCCAGACUUUUACACAUGGGGGGGACCAGACUUUAUCAGAGGGUCAUAUGUUACUAAAGGAACUGACUGUGUUCCUCUAACAUGUCUGUGAUAACUGUCACAUUAGAGAGAUGUGAGAAAUAAAACAUCUUUACAUUAAUAAUCUGAAACAACUUCAAAAACAUUCAUAGAAGGUAAGCUGGUUGUUUUGGGCGCAGUAUGUGGAGCUUGAUGUGGAAGUAGAGGGUAUGAGUUAUGGUCUACUGUCUGGUGAUGCUGGUAGACUGGAUCCUGGUGUGGUUAGCUCCACAUUAGGACACCAUCGGGUAAUGUGAAGGAGAAAUUCCUCAAAAUUGUAUUAAAGUUACAGUGACUGGACGAAGUGUUCCGGAUGUGCAGAACUCAUCAAGGCCGUUAAUAGUUUAAAUGACAACAUUGCAGAUUCCUGGAGGGACAGAUAAAGACAUGAGGACAUGAGGUAAGACCAGGACAGUCUUAUUGGGAUUUGGGGGCAUCUAGUGGCAAAGUGGCAAACUGCAACCAACUGACCAUUCAAGCAUGAAUAAAAGCAAAAGACCUUUAUUUAGAGUCAGGGUUUGAUUUGUCUCAGGUUUCUAGAAAUGUGUGUGACCAGAAACAAAUGAAAACAUAGUAGUGAAUAUUUUAUUACAGCUUUCCCAGAAGGCAGGUUAGUACUUUGACAUUUUGAUGCAAUACAAAAGAGAUACUAAACUUCUGGAUGGUAAACAAUAAUGGCUCUGAGACCAGCAAAGGCGUGCCAGGAACUACUCAUCUGUUUGCUCUUGAGCUGGACAUAUGUUGAGAGUAUGAACUAUGGGACGGAUCUACAGAAUGUCUGAAGAGACCCUCUAAUCUAAGUUGCUGUAACUGUUAAAGAUGCUUCCCAAGUCUUUAGCUCAGGAGGACCACUCGUUGGAGACUAUCUUCCCAAAUCAAGCCAAAUAAGUGUAGCCACACUGUAAAUAUGGAGAUGAUGGUGCACAUUUUCAGGCAGCCUCCUAUGGAAAGUCUUUGUGCUGAUCGUGAUUGUUGCUACACAUCUAAAAGUAACCUAAAGAAGGCCAAAGAGAACCUCCCAGAGAAGAAAACCUCCAUGCUGCUGCUUGAUAGACCCUUUGCUGUAUGUAGUACUGCAAACAGCAGUCUGGGAAGGUGGAAGGCUGCAGCGGUGAGUCGCAGGAAGUGGAUUCAGUCACGUAGAGAAGAAAGGGAAACCUCUUUUAAUUCUAAGGACAUAAUCGGGACAUACAUGUAAUUAAAACUCUGAUCCUAACGAAGUUUUUAAAUGCAACCUCAGAGGAAUAGUUUGAGAAAGAGAAACAUUACAGAAGUAAUUUGAAGUAAUUUAAUGUGACCAGAUUUAGAUUAUCUGGUAUACAAAAAAGUUGCCAGUUUUGUCAUUAGUGAAAAAAAUGUUCUUAGAAAAAGAAACAGCUAAUUAAAUUAAAUUGAACACAAAUAUGUUCAGAUGUGAUUGGAGGAAAAAUAUCACAGUUUUAUGCCACUAUUGGAGUUAAGCAAUCAUAUAUAUAUAUAUAUAUAUAUAUACUGUGAUUUCACUGUGAGAAUUGGGCUGCAGAGAAGAAAUGUCCUUUAACUUUAUUCAUCAACACAGAUGAAACAGAACAUGAGAACAUGAGUGUGUGUGGUCUGCAAACAGAAUACAUAUUUAAACCAAAGUAAAUAAGGCUUCACACAGUUCCUUGGAGGAUUAAACUAAAGAUAGUAAUUUACGAUAUCAAUAUCAAAUAUAAAUAGGCAUGAAAAUGAACUAAUUUCUCUAAACCUAAAAUUAAUAAUAUGAUUAUUCAAUAUUGGUUAGAAGCAAUGAAAUCCCAUUCACUCAAGUAACAAAUAACUUCUACAUUAUGCUCUCAAAUAAGCAUAAAGCUACAUGCUAAUAGCCCACUGACAAGGACGUAAUUAGCUGCUUACAAACUACCAUAAAAUGCACUGAAUCACAUUUAAAUUGUAUCUACAAUUAAUAAUGAUAAAAUAAAGAAAACUCAAUCUGUCGCUAAUCUUACUAAUAAGUUAUCCAUAAAUGCACGGUCGCCCAGCACAUGCUAAACGGCCUCCUAACUGUGACUGCGCUACACAGAAGCUGAGGAAGAUCAUGUUGCUGCAGUUCACAUUUCCACCACUAGGUGUCCAGAGACAUUUUAAUUAUAAAGGUUUUACAAUACUAGCCUCUUUUACUAAAACUUUUCCUGCUUGACAUUGCUCAAAUGAUUAAACUUUUGCUCACUCAUGCAAUUAAAGCUAACCUACAGUUAGCAUAAUUUAAGCUAAUGACAGCAUCAAUAAGUCAAGCAGGAUCUGAUUUUUUUCAUUUCAGCCU